ACAGCUUUCUCUUCAGUAGGAAGCAGUGAUCAGCUUUGUCUACACCACCAGAGACAAUGAAUAUAAUUCUAGAAAUCCUUCUGCUGCUCCUCACCAUUAUCUACUCAUACUUGGAGUCUCUGGUAAAGUUAUUCAUACCUGUGAAAAGAAAAUCAGUGAGUGGAGAAAUUGUGCUCAUCACUGGUGCUGGUCAUGGCAUAGGAAAGAUCACAGCGACAGAGUUUGCAAAACUUCACAGCGUCCUGGUGUUAUGGGACAUUAAUAAGAAUGGUGUUGAGGAAACCGCUGCACAAUGCCGAAAAGAAGGAGCCAAAGUAUUUACAUAUUUAGUGGACUGCAGCAAACGUGAGGAGAUCAGUAAAGCUGCAGAUAAGGUGAAGCAAGAAGUGGGUGAUGUCAAUAUUCUGAUAAAUAAUGCAGGUGUUGUGUUCUGUGCCGACCUACUGUCACUACAGGAUAGUCAGAUUCAGAAGAUAUUUGAAGUGAAUGUGCUUGCUCACUUUUGGACCACACGAGAAUUCCUGCCAUCAAUGAUGAGAAAAAAUCACGGGCACAUUGUAACUAUUGCUUCAUCAGCCGGACUGUUUGGGGUGGCAUUUUUGGUGGACUAUUGCUCUACAAAGUUUGCUGCAGUCGGAUACCAUAAAGCACUGACCGCUGAGCUCGCUGCGCUGCAGAUGACAGGAAUAAAAACAUCGUGUCUUUGCCCUGUUUUUGUGGAUACUGGCUUUGUUAAAAAUCCAAGUACAAGAUUUGCUCCAGUGCUACUACCCGAAGAUGUAGCCAAGACAUUAGUAAAUGGUAUUUUAAUUAACAAGAAGAUGAUUUAUAUCCCACCUUUUGUGUCACUUGCUCCGGUAUUAGAUUUGUUCUUACCAGAACGUGCUUUGAAGGCUCUCAAUGCAUUCCAAGGAGUAAAGUUUGAUGCCAAAGUACGGAGCACCGAGAAGGACAAAUAGACAAACAAUAUUAAUGUGUAAAAAACGUCACCGUCUACUUCUUCCUACUUCCCUAACACAAAUGUAUCAUUUAUCAUGUUACAGAAAGGGUUAAUCUACACGUAGCGAUUUUCUGUGAAUUUUACCUGUGGAUUUGCAGUAAAAUCUGCAGCAGAUUACAGUAGCAGGCAAGUCAAUAAGAUUUUACAAAUCUCUUUAACAAAACUGGCCCACCUUCAUGGGACCUCUCAAGCUACAGUUAUAUGUUGCAAAUAAACAAAACAAUAUCCACUUUA